CGGGGCACGGCACGUCCUCACCUCACCGCCGACGAUCGGUCACGUGUGCAGCAGCGCACACCGCGUGCUCCACGCCCUGCGCACGCGCUCCUCCUCCCUUGCCGUAAUAAGAGCCUCACGUCCCGCUGUCUGCUGCUGCUGCUGCUGCUGCUGGACACUGAAAAUCUCCCCGGCGGGGCGGCGGCCACGAACAACCAAGCUCGAUACUGCCAUCCUCCUUCAUCGCUUCACCGGGACCCAAUAAACAACUGAUCCACCCGGCGAGAUUGCACACAUGGGUUCCCUCACAGGUUCUCGGAUGAUGGAUUUGUGGUGCGGGGGCCCAAUUUGCUCCAGCCAGGAUGUCGCCUCAUGCGCGUUCAAGGAAACAUUCGAUUCCUCCACCUGCACGAAUCAUCUAGUGGUGACCGGCAUCGCAGCGCUCUUCGUAGUGGUGCUCGCAAUCCAGUUGAUUGUCAAAAUUUGCAAGAGUGGAGCAUCUGCGCGGCAGCUGGUCGCGCUCAGCUCACCGCUGCAUCUGUCUGCUGUGGUGUUCAAUGGCAGCUUGGGUCUGGUUUACCUUGGGCUGGGGCUGUGGAUGCUGGGGAGUAACGUCAGUCAAGAUGCUUCUGCUUACCUGCCACAUUCGUGGCUUGUAAAUUUAUCUCAAGGAUUGUGUCUGAUACUUGCCGCCUGCACUUUCAGCAUCAGGCCUAGGUUUGUUGGAGAGCCGUUUGUUCGGUCUUGGUCAGUCUUGCUGACCAUCUUCGCAGCUUUCAUCUGUUGUUCUUCAGUUGUUAAUAUUGUUGAACAGAAGACCAUCACCAUCAAGGCUUGUUUAGAUGUUCUGUCCUUACCAGCUGCACUACUCAUCCUUCUCUAUAGCUUUUGGUGCCCGCAUGAUGAAGAAGGUUAUGCAGGAGUUGGAAAUGGUCUAUACAAGCCCCUGAAUAUCGAGAUAGACCAUGAGGUUGCUGAUUCUGAGAUUCAGGUUACUCCCUUUGCUAAAGCUGGUUUUUUCAGCGAGAUGUCGUUUUGGUGGUUGAAUCCUCUAAUGAAGAUGGGAUAUGUGAAGCCUCUUGAGGACAAAGACCUUCCACUUUUAGGCGCCAAUGAUCGAGCACAGAAUCAGUACAUGAUGUUCAUGCAGAAGCUGAACAGCGAGAAGCAGUCAGAGUCACUUGCCGCACCAUCAAUCUUCUGGACGAUUGUUUCUUGUCACAAGCGUGCAAUCUUGGUCUCAGGAUUCUUCGCUUUGCUCAAGGUUCUCACAGUAUCUACAGGCCCAGUACUUCUCAAGGCAUUCAUCAAUGUAUCUCUUGGGAAAGGUACCUUUAAAUAUGAAGGGCAUGUGCUUGCUGCGGUAAUGUUCAUCUGCAAAUUUUGUGAAUCAUUGUCGCAGAGACAGUGGUAUUUCCGGACACGGAGAUUAGGACUGCAGGUGAGGUCAUUACUGUCAGCAGCUAUUUAUAAGAAGCAACAGAAGCUAUCAAACGCAGCAAAAAUGAAGCACUCUUCUGGAGAAAUUAUGAACUAUGUCACCGUUGAUGCCUACCGGAUUGGGGAAUUUCCAUACUGGUUCCAUCAAACAUGGACAACAAGUGUUCAACUUUGCAUUGCUCUAGCAAUUCUGUACAACGCGGUUGGUGCUGCGAUGGUUUCAUCAUUGAUUGUGAUCGUUAUCACCGUACUCUGCAAUGCCCCCCUUGCCAAACUGCAACACAAAUUUCAGAGUAAACUUAUGGAAGCACAAGAUGUGAGAUUAAAGGCCAUGUCCGAGUCAUUAGUUCAUAUGAAAGUUUUGAAACUUUACGCAUGGGAGGGUCAUUUCAAGAAGGUCAUCGAAGGGUUGAGGGAGGUUGAGUACAAGUGGUUGUCAGCAUUCCAGCUUAGGAGGGCAUACAACAGUUUCCUGUUCUGGUCAUCACCUGUUUUGGUUUCGGCGGCAACAUUUCUAACAUGUUAUCUUCUCAAAAUCCCACUUGAUGCUAGCAAUGUAUUCACCUUUGUGGCAACUUUACGCCUGGUGCAAGACCCAAUAAGGUCAAUACCAGAUGUUAUUGGUGUUGUGAUACAAGCUAAGGUUGCUUUCACUCGGAUAUCAAAGUUUCUUGAUGCACCUGAGCUGAAUGGGCAAGUUAGAAAGAAAUACUAUGUUGGUAUUGAUUAUCCCAUAACGAUGAAUUCGUGCAGUUUUUCGUGGGAUGAAAAUCCAUCAAAAGCAACUCUAAAGAAUAUAAAUUUGGUUGUCAAAGGUGGAGAAAAGGUUGCAAUCUGUGGAGAGGUAGGAUCAGGAAAGUCGACACUUUUGGCUGCUGUACUCGGAGAAGUACCAAAAACAGAUGGCACGAUUCAAGUUUCUGGGAAAAUGGCGUAUAUUUCUCAGAAUGCAUGGAUCCAGACAGGAACUGUGCAAGACAAUAUUCUCUUUGGAUCUCCGAUGGACACACAAAGAUACGAAGAUACACUCGCGAGGUGCUCAUUGGUGAAGGACCUUGAACUUUUGCCAUAUGGAGAUUUUACUCAAAUUGGGGAGAGAGGAGUAAAUCUUAGUGGUGGCCAGAAGCAGCGCGUCCAGCUUGCUCGUGCACUAUACCAAAAUGCAGAUAUAUAUCUUCUUGAUGACCCUUUCAGUGCUGUUGAUGCUCAUACAGCAACAAGUCUCUUCAAUGAAUAUGUCAUGAGUGCUCUGUCAGACAAGACUGUUCUUUUGGUGACCCACCAAGUGGAUUUUCUACCCGUAUUUGACUCCAUUUUGUUAAUGUCAGAUGGAGAGGUUAUUCGGUCUGCACCUUAUCAAGAUCUCUUGGAAAAUUGUGAAGAAUUUAAGGAACUUGUAAAUGCCCAUAAAGAUACAGUUGGUGUUUCAGACCUUAACAAAAAUAUCCCCCUUCAAAGAACUAAGGAAAUAUCAGCAAAUGAAACUGAUGGUAUUCAUGGAGGCAGAUACAUAGAGUCUGUAAAGCAAUCACCAGUAGAUCAACUGAUCAAGAAAGAGGAAAGAGAGACAGGGGAUGCAGGUUCUAAGCCUUAUAUGCUUUACCUACGCCAGAACAAAGGCUUUCUGUAUGCUUCCAUUUGUGUUAUUUCCCACAUAAUUUUCAUAGCUGGGCAAAUAUCACAGAAUUCAUGGAUGGCUGCUAAUGUCCAAAACCCUCACGUUAGCACGCUGAAGUUAAUUUCGGUGUACAUUAUUAUUGGACUUUGCACAAUGCUCUUCUUGCUAUCAAGAUCUUUAUCAGUCGUUGUUCUUGGGAUCGAGACAUCAAGAUCAUUGUUUUCCCAGCUACUCAAUUCUUUGUUCCGUGCACCAAUGUCCUUUUUUGAUUCUACUCCGUUAGGAAGGGUUCUUAGCCGGGUCUCUGCAGAUUUGAGUAUCGUUGACCUUGAUGUUCCAUUUGCCUUCAUGUUCAGCCUAAGUGCCAGCUUAAAUGCAUAUAGCAAUCUAGGGGUAUUGGCUGUUGUUACGUGGCAAGUUCUGUUUGUAUCCGUGCCUAUGAUAGUUUUGGCAAUUAGGUUGCAGAGGUACUAUCUAGCCUCGGCUAAGGAAUUGAUGCGGAUCAAUGGCACUACCAAGUCUGCUCUAGCAAAUCACUUGGGUGAAUCUAUUUCAGGGGCUAUUACAAUAAGGGCCUUCGAGGAAGAAGAUCGUUUCUUUGUUAAAAAUUUGGAUCUUGUUGACAAGAAUGCAAGUCCAUAUUUCUACAAUUUUGCAGCGACUGAAUGGUUGAUUCAACGCCUGGAAAUAAUGAGUGCUGCAGUUCUUUCUUUUUCUGCCUUUGUCAUGGCUGUUCUUCCUCAAGGAACUUUUAGCCCUGGUUUUGUGGGAAUGGCAUUGUCCUAUGGUCUUUCCCUAAAUAUGUCAUUUGUUUUCUCUAUUCAAAACCAAUGCAACCUUGCAAAUCAAAUAAUCUCGGUGGAACGGGUGAACCAGUACAUGGACAUACAAAGUGAAGCAGCAGAAGUUGUUAUAGAAAAUCGACCGGCACCAGAUUGGCCCCAAGAUGGCAAUGUGGAGCUUAUAGAUUUGAAGAUUAGAUAUCGGAAAGAUACCCCCCUCGUACUACAUGGAAUCACUUGCAGGUUUGAAGGUGGAGAUAAGAUCGGUAUAGUUGGCCGAACAGGAAGUGGCAAGACAACAUUAAUCGGUGCAUUGUUUCGUCUUGUUGAACCUGCUGAAGGGAGAAUUAUUAUAGACUCUGUGGACAUCAGCACGAUAGGCUUACAUGACCUACGUUCGCGUUUGGGUAUCAUUCCACAAGAUCCAACACUUUUUCAGGGUACAGUAAGAUACAAUCUAGACCCCCUUGGGCAAUUCUCGGAUCAACAAAUAUGGGAGGUUCUUGGUAAAUGUCAACUUCUGGAAGCUGUCCAGGAGAAGGAACAGGGGUUGGACUCGCAUGUUGUGGAAGAUGGGUCGAACUGGAGCAUGGGCCAAAGACAGCUCUUCUGUCUGGGACGCGCACUUUUGAGAAGGUGCCGUAUCUUAGUUCUUGAUGAAGCCACAGCCUCUAUAGACAAUGCAACAGAUGCUGUCCUUCAGAAGACAAUCCGGACAGAAUUCAAGUAUUGCACAGUUAUUACAGUUGCCCACCGUAUACCAACAGUAAUGGACUGCGAUAUGGUACUUGCAAUGAGCGAUGGGAAAGCAGUGGAGUAUGACAAGCCUACGAAGCUUAUGGAAACUGAAGGAUCUCUGUUCCGCGAUCUGGUCAAGGAGUAUUGGUCGUACACAUCGAACACAAAUAUUUAGAAGCGUGUUCUGUUUAUGCGAUUUCACUUGCAACAUAUUUUCAAGAGAGAUGCUUGCGUCGGAGUAGAAGAUUCACGGCAUAGCCAGAGGAAUUCACUAAUUGGAAUAUGAAGGAAAGAAAAUCUCGACUGCCAGUUAUUAUGUGUAAAUACCUUGUGUGAUUGUUGAGCUGUAACAUUUGUGAGCAACCUUGGAUAAAUUAAUAAAAGGCCAUAUACAUCGGUCCAUGCAGAGGCCAGCCGGGGCUUUCCCCAUUUAGAAAAAAAUUUCUCUGUAAACA